GAGACAAAGCUCAAGCUCAUCGAGAAAUUGGCAAAAACGGGAGUGACAACGAUUGAGGCGGGUUCUUUUGUCCCUGCGAAAUGGGUACCCCAGGUAUGAGCACGUCGCCCCUUGAAAGGGAGCUAGCUUGUGUGUUAUGGCAUCUUUGCAGAUUGCCUGAGUCAUUAGUUGGGUGUUCAUCUUUCUGAUUGACUGUACUUCUGUUAGAUGGCAAGUACUGCGGAGAUCUGUGAACGUCUUCUUCGGUCGCCGCCGCAAUCGCAAAAUGCCAUCGCCUACAACUAUCUAGUCCCGAAUGUCAAAGGACUUGAGGGACUAAUCAAGGUGUUGGAUGCUACGGGAGUUUCUGAAGAGGCUACCGAAUCGUCCGGGAAACCCACAACCUCCACCGAGAUCUCUCUCUUCGCGGCCGCAACCGAAGCGUUCUCCAAGGCCAAUACGAAUUGCACCAUCGAGGAAUCCCUGGAGCGGGUUCGUCCCAUCGUGUCGCUCGCCAAAACCAAGAACAUUCGGGUUCGAGGCUACGUCUCCGUAGCACUGGGCUGUCCAUAUGAAGGACCCGACGUGGACCCCAUAAAGGUGGCAGAAAUCACGAGGAGCCUGCUUGAAAUGGGAGCGGACGAGGUCUCGGUCGCUGACACUACCGGCAUGGGAACGGCCCCGCGAACAAUGCGGCUCCUGCAGGCCCUCCGAGCAGCUGGCAUUGCCAACAGUGACCUGGCUCUCCACUUUCAUGAUACGUACGGGCAGGCCCUGGUGAAUACCAUCGUGGGCUUGGAGCACGGUAUCCGGAUAUUCGACAGCAGUGUUGGUGGCCUCGGCGGUUGCCCGUACUCCAAGGGUGCCACGGGUAAUGUCCCGACAGAGGACCUCAUUCAUACGAUUCAUGGACUUGGAAUGCACACGGGCAUCAACCUGGAGGAGAUGGCGAAGAUCGGAUCCUGGGUCAGUGGGGAAUUGGGACGGUUCAAUGAAAGUCGGGCUGGGAAAGCUAUUCUUGCAAGAAUCCAGGAGUGAGUGUUUAAAUAGGCAUUUCGGUCUUUGCAGGUAAUUUAAAUCUGAACACAGUCACAAAUUCUACUGAAC